GUAAAAAGAAGCAUUGUAUGUGAGUUGUCAGUUUUCGCAGUUAAAAGAAGAGACGGAAUACAUUUUGUGGAAAAAUUUGUACACAAUAAACUGUUUUAACAUGGAUAAAAAAUCUAAAGAAGCAUUAAGACGUUAUAAAAAGUCACGUCAAGCUCCAUCCAGUUCCGAGAGUUCGAGUAGUUCUGAAUCUGAUUCCGGCUCAUCGGGUAGCACUUAUUCAAGCUCCGAUAGUGAUAGAAGACGUAAAAGGAAAAAGGCUAGUAGUUCCUCUGAUGAACGAAGAAAACGAGAAAAGCGUGAGAAAUGUAAAAAAUUGGAAGCGAAAAGGCUUGACUUAAAACGUAAACUAAAACUUAAGAAAAAAGCUGCGGCGGCUGCUGCUGCGUUAAGUGGACACUCUCAUCAUCCACUGUCUCCUAGCACGCAAGCGAAGAUAAAGAAAUUGGCAGAACGUAAGCAUCGUGAACGGGAGCGAAUGAAACAUCGUGCUGAUAGAGAGCGUCAUCAUGCUAGUAGUCGUUCACCGUCGAAAAUAACUAAAAUUAGAAUAACCCAGGAAGUUAAAAGGCAAAAAUCUCCACAACGUGUACAUCAUCAAUUGAUGCCACGUGAAAAAAUUAUUAUACAAACUCGUACACGUGACCGUACACCAUCUGCAGAACGUGACCGCCAAAGACAUGAACAUAAAAUUCGGCAUCAUGAUGAUUUGAUUAGAGAACGUGAACGUCGUGAAAGAGACAAGGAGCGUGCUGAGGCAUUGGCACGUUGUCAGGAACGUCAAAGAGAACGUGAACGUUUAGCACGUGAAAAGAUUCGACGUGAAGAUGAAGAUAAAAAGUAUGGCUCAUCAGAACGUAGCGAAAGAUUGCUACCACGACCAGCCGAACGAGAGUUAGCUAUUGCACAGGCAAGAGGUUACAAUAGUCGUGAACGUUCCUUGGAAGCAGUUGAACGGUCACGACAUGUUUCUAAGCGAGAUCUUGCAUACGAGCGCGAACGCGAGUACAUGGAAGCAGAAAGGCGUGGUUUACUUGAGCGAGAUGAGUUGCGUCGUGAGCGGGAAUAUAUGGUAUCACGGCGUAGGGACUUGAGUCCUUUAGGUGACCAUUACACAUCACGUUUACGCGAUCCUCGUGAAAUGUAUUCUGAAGAAGAGAGAGAUAGGUCAUACAAUAGAAGUUAUAUUGAUGAAACCAGACAUACACGAGAACGCGACACUUGGUUGGAUACUCGUGAACGUGAAUUGCAUGAUAUGCACGACCAUAGAGAUUUUCGCGAAAUGGACCAUGAUAUGAUAUAUACUGAUGAACGCGAACGUAUUACACGAGAUAGAGAGCGUGCUAUCAGUACACGUGGUGAUUGGAAAGCUGAUUGGGAGAUGCCACGUGAACGUACUUGGGAGGAGCCUGUUCGCAGUGGUUUUCAAAAACGAACUAAUCCAAAUGCAAUUACACCCAGCGUUGUUUCUGCAAAAGUACUGCAACGUGAUCAACGAGCACCUUCGGAACCUGAUUGGGAUGCUGAUGAAAUCAAAGAAAAACCAGAUAGUAAGGCAGAAAAGCCCAUAUUACGUGAAGCACCAGGUUUUAGUGGUGCAACUACUCAACGAGAUGUGUGGUCGGAACAUGAUCAACGAGAUAAAAACUUGAUACCAUCACGAACUGAACAGCUGGAUAGACGUUGGCAAAAUGAGUGGCGUGAUGGAGAAGAACCCUUACCACGUAGUGGUCCUGGCCUAAUGAUACAUCAUCGUAGUGAACGCGGUAGAGGUUUUAGACGUGGAGGUUUAAUUGAUCAUGGGGAACGUGUUCCUUCAGGUGGGGGCUAUAGACCUCAUCCACCACCACUGAUGACACUACCAGUCCAACCACCAGGUGGUUAUCAUAGUAAUCCACGUUUUCCAAAUAAACGCAGUAUGACAUAUACUAAUCCCAAUUUAAUUAAAAAACAACAGGCAGCUUUAGCAGCAGCAAAAGCCGCUGCUCAGGCUAGUGCAGUGGCUGCGGCAACUACUGCAGUUGCGGCAGCUAAAGCAGCAGCACAAAGUGCAGCAAAUGCUGUUACAAAUCCAGGCAUUUUAGGUCAAGUAAGCGUAGUACGUCCACAGCAAGGAUCUACGAUUGAAGAAGAUAAGCCUGAAGCCGGAGAAAUUGUAGCUGACACUGAUAACAAAUUCAAUGUCGAAAAGGUGGUUGAAGAAAAAUCUUCAGAAACUGUUACAGAAAUUGCAACUGUAGACGAUAAAGGAAAUGGAGAACUCAGCGAAAUCAGUGAUAGCGAUGAUGACAUACUCAAUAAGACAGAAAGAAAAGCUAAGACUGAUGCUGAAAAUGAGAUCAGUUUAAAGGAAUCAACGCAAUCCGACAGCAUAACUGAACCGAAAAUAUCACAAAAUGAAGAUACAAUAAACACAGAAGAAAAAGCUGACGAUGAAGAAAUGUUAGAUUUUGAAGAAAUAUCUGAUGGAGAAUUGGAAGAAGAUGCCCGUCACAAAGGUGUUGGUGAUGCUUUAGGUGUCGAUUGGGCAUCAUUAAUAGCCGAAACCAAACAACAGGCUGGAAACACAACACCAAGUGCCAACGAUCAACACACAACAGCCAAACAAAAAUGGCAACCACAUCGUAUUAUACUUGAUAUUGGCAUAUCUAUGCGUAUGGGUGGUGAGGAUUAUGCUAGACGUUUACUUACAGAAUCAAAACAAAAACUUUAUGAAGAGCUCGGAGAGUUGAAUAUCAAAACUGAAAUUAAAAGUGAAAUAUGUGCUGGAGAUGAAGACUCUCAAAUUACAAUGGAGACUGAUGAGAACACAAAUGAUGUAGUUAAUUGUAAGCCUCAAUUAAAACCAUUCGAUGAAAAUAAUCAAAGUACUCUCAACAUUAAUCAUAUGCAUCCGCUCGCCUAUAUGCAAGUGGGUGAACGUUUAAGUAAUAAGGAAAAGAGCAAAUUAAUUUCAAAUGUUUGCGGACCUAACAGCCGGGCUUUGAGCGCUUGUCAAGAUUUGAAAAUACGUAGACUUCUGUGCGGUUUACCUGCUAGAGAAUGCGUAAUGCCAAGAGCGUUACCUGCUGUCAGUGACAAAUUAAAGCGUUUGGCUUUCGCUGCUUAUCAGAGAACUUUAGAAGUCAAAUAAAUAUUUGAAAUAUUAUCUAUGGUCUUAUUUUAUGGUUCGGAAUUAAUCCGAUUUAGUUAGAGAUUCUCAUGUAU